CUCAAGUUAUCGAGGCCAUGGCCUUCAAACUUAAAUAAAAAAUGUAGAGCUAUAGAGUUAAAUGCACGUAAAAGGUUAUUUUUAUGUUGUUUUAAUCCGUUUGACUGAUAGUUUCUUAAAAAUACCACGAAACAAUUGAAUUCAGUGUGUUUACUCGUGAAUUAUGUUCGAUCUAAUACUUGGCCCGUAUUAAAACUUUGUGAGAAUCGUACGUUACAAGUUCUACUUAGUCACUAACUUAGUCAUAUUUUAUGAUAGCGGAAGUUCAUAAACACAAUAUGACUGAGAAUAAUAAAAAAAGAGGAAAUAGUUUUCGAAAAUUUUUUCCUAAUAUUUUCUUUUCAAAUAAACAUAAGGAAAAGUCUUCAAUUAAUGAUACGUCAGGUUUGAAACUUAAGACAGGUAGUACCAGUACGGGUAACAAAUACCAAAAUCCUAAGUUUAUCGUUGACAAAUAUGGUAGCAGUAUCGAUAAAACAAAAGAAAAUGACGAACGAAUAUAUGAAAAUCUUUCGACAGCAGCAUUUAAACGAAACGCUCAUGACAAUCACGACUUUACUAGUAACCAUUCUUCCAGCAGUACUUUAGUAUCAGAUAACAUUGAAAUUAUGAAUCAACCACGUGACACCGUAACUUUAAACGACAAGAGUAAAAAACAUUUUGCAAGACCUCAAGUACCCCCAAAGCCGCAUCAGGAAAUACUGUACGCUUGCCCCGUGCUAGAUAAACAUCAAAAGAACUUUGCUGAAAUUCAGUAUCCCGAUGUUUAUUACCAUUCUGUUGAAAAACUUACUGAUAAGUUAACCACCCUAGACGAAAUUGAAAUUUACAGAGCAUCACAAGCACAGACGCAUCCAGCAUCAGUAGGAGCUGAAAUCAAAAAAGUAAGCACAAAAUUUCUCAUAUCACCAAAAAAGGAAGCUGAAGUGCGUACAAUCCAACCAAUACGAGCUCGAAGUUUAUCGCUUGAUAAAAAUGGUACAAACGAUUCAAGAAGCAUCAAGAAAGUGAGACAUGUCGAAAAACCUUACAACUAUUCUGCACCUACUUCGCCAAUUGCUGUUGGGCAUAAAAUACCGAACAUGCCUACAACAGUGUCUCCGUAUGAGCGGGUAAAGCAAAACAUGAUUGAAGCUGAAGAAAAAAGAAACUCUUUAAGUAGAUUAAGCAAUCGGAAUACAUUAUCACCGUCACCUAGAUCUUUGUACCGUGAUGGAUCAAAAACGCUCGCUACAGCAGAUGAUUCAAAAAAAAAAGAAAAAACUCGCCAAAGGAUUGAAGCAUUCUAUUGGCAAAAAAUAAAAGAACUUAAACAGAAGGAGGAUGAAUACCUUUUAAGGCAAUCAUUGGGUAGUUCUAUGAGAAGAUCAAGGACCCAAUAUGCAUCGUACUCUAACUCUAAUUGUAGCACCCCAACCUCUUUAGUGGAUUCUAGAAGUUGCAGUUUGCCGCGUGGAAGAGAUUUAUUGUACGCAAAUCAAACAACUUCUACUUUAUCUUCUCCUUUCAUUCGAGGGGUUCCAGAACGCCGUACUGACUCAUAUAUAAAAAGUACUAUUCAUCAGGCGGAAUAUGAUGGAGUGCAAUAUAGGAAUUAUCAAAAAUUAUAUGGAAAUGUCAUCAGUAACAAUCAAUCGCCUAUUGUGCAGCGUUGUUCGUUACCCACGGAAACAGGGAUCACCCAACAACCAAAACGAGUAAGCUUCGAAGGAAAGAACUUGCCUUUAAAUUCCGACCAUCGACAGGAAGUUGUGACCACAGACACCCCGUUUAAAAACAGUAAGUGUAAAACGUUCCAAAGUGGCAAAGACAGUGUAGUGAAAUUAGGACAUAAGGACUUAAAUAAUCCACCUCUACCGCCUAUACGUACAACAAGUGUUAAAAAUAAUCCAAGUAAUAAAAACGUUAGUGUCGUCGGUGGAACUCGUUCGAUGUGUUCGGAAUCAGAAAGUGGAUCUGAGGCAGGUGAAAUACAAAGAAUAAUGCAUAGCAGCCCGCGAAAAGAAGAGGACUGGCAAGGAGACCCGAGAAUUGAUGGGGGGUUGUCUGAUGGAGAAGCUAGCAGAGGACCGACCCGAGGACGACCGAGUCGACGCGAGGACCCGCGCCGUCACACACUGGCUGGCAAUCACAACAUCUACAUGCAUCACCACCACCAAGCGGGACACAUCAGUACAAUUGAGAUCGAGCGAUACAAUAAAGCCCAGGCGCUAGUGAACAUGCCCGAGUAUGCUACAGUUAACAAAUAUCGGGACGUGAAGGUGAAUCGAAACAUGCGAGUAGAUCCACGAAUAAAGCCCCACAUGACACACUAUCCGCAAUCGAACAAUGCGCUGUUUGACGAUGACCCCGGCGUCAUGUCGGAGGUGGAAACAUCUUCGACUGGGUUCAGACGCGGCGGAAAGCAAAGGUCUUCCCUUCCGGUAGUGAGGACUCCGAGUAAAACCCUUGAACGACCUUUGGGUUUAGUGUUCCUUCAGUACAGAAGCGAGACGAAGCGAGCUUUGUUACCAAACGAGAUCACGUCGAUAGACACUGUGAAGGCACUUUUUGUACGAAGUUUCCCGAAGCAAUUAACAAUGCAGUACAUGGACAGUGCGCACGUAAAAAUCUACAUCCACGAUUCGUCGAAGGAUAUGUUUUAUGAAUUAGAAGAUGUAAGGGCGCAUUUGAGGGAUAUUCGGGAUAGGUCGGUGCUUCGGCUGUUUGAAGCUACUGACAUCGGCGGAGGAGCGUUCCCGGGAGCAGUGGGCGUGGGGUCUGUGCCGAUGCCUCCGGGAGCAGCCGGGUGUAAUUCCUCUACCUGUUGGGAUCAGGACCAGAACUACUUCAGCGAACCGGAAAUUGAUUCCGACUAUCACCACCAGCAUGUGCAUAAUAAGAAUAAGAUAAAGGCGCCGGCUUAUUACAUGGGCACCUCUACUCCCAGCACUCUGCCACGUGGGGGUUCUCUCAUGAGAGCCUUUUCACCGGCGACUCCCGUGCCAGCUGAUCGCGUGAAAACGCCAGGUUCACUCGCGCCAUCAAAGCCAGUGCGCUCGUACUUGCCCGGGAGUGGUUCGGAGAGGUGUUUCCCCUCAAUUUUCGCUGCGGCGGAUUGCCCACGUGCUCAUUCAGGCGACGGCUAUAUGUCAUCUCCGGAGAGAGCUGCGCCUCGAGUGUCCUACGAAGAUCCGUAUUAUACCCAAUUCCUGGGCCCGGCAGCUGGUAGAGGUCCAAUCGCACCCGUCAUCGACGAAGAAGCAAACGACACUGUCAUCAUUGAUGACACUUACCAGAUGUACGGCAUCAACCCCAUUACAACACCGCCUCGGCCCAUGCCCCGGCCGCAGUACGACGCCAGGCUGGGUGCCCCUGUGGAUGAUAUGCAACGCCUUCGCGUAGAAAAAAUGGAGCGACAACUCGCAAAUCUUACAGGGCUUGUUCAAAAAGCCCUCCAGGUCCCUGGAUCAGCUCCGCCUCCUGUCACUCCCAGGGAGGACUAUCAGGCUUACCCUUCUACAUCUAGGGGCACUUCUCAGGAUGCCGCGCGAUUUGCCAGCAACGAGAGACCUCCCAAAUUAGGGAGGGACAGAUUUCAAAAAUCGGUUUCUUUUGAGAAAUCCGUAUCAUUUAGUGAUGACCCACCAGACAUGAAUUCUCCAAAACAGCACUCGCCACAGCACUCAGCUGAUACAAAACCAACAAAACCGGCAAUCAAGUCAUCGACAUUGCCGAGGACUUCAUCACAAGAGCGCGAUCGUCUUAAACCGGCCCCUCCACCCAAGCCGGCUGGUCUAGCUGGGCAACAAAUGACACUGGCGCCACAAAAGAAUUACUCAAUUAACGUGACUCCUGAUUAUUUCAAUCAACUACGUAUUCUUCAGAAGCAAAGCCGCGAUCUGCGCAUCGAGACACGCAACCUACGCCGUUCAACUUUGUCUCAUUCUAUCCAAAUGAGGCAAAUGAUGGCCGAUACCAUCCUCAAGAUAGGUGCUAUUGCAGCUACCUUCACUGAAGAAACUCCAGAUUCGCGAUUGGCACGUGAAGAAGAGAUCUACCGCCAAGACAUGCUGCUUUUGGAGAAUGACCUGUACGAGCUCGAAGCUACCGUGGAGCGCUUGCGCGGUCAAGCAGCAAACAGGGAGACACGAGUCAACAUGGCCGACAUUGAGCGCAUUGCUAUGGUGCUAUCAAAGAGCAGUAAGACUGUUGCUGAUUGGAAGUUGAAAUUCCCGAUUCUGCAGCAAACUAUGAAAGCCAAGCUUGCCGCUGAAUUGGAGAAGGUGGUCCGCAAAGAAAAGCUGUUGGAAGAAGAGCCGGAACGUUUGGAGCUGGCUCUACGCCGUUGUAAGAAACUCACCGGAACACUGGUGACCUUGAAGAGGUUGGCUUGCGUGCAAGAGCAACGCUUGCCAUGUAACGAAGGCCGUGAUUCCCCGACCUCGUCUCAAAGCUCGGCUACUGGAGGACUCUCCUCUGAGGAAUACAACUCGGAGAACGCUUGCGUUGCUCCGAACGCAAACAAGGGUGGCGGCGGGCGAGGCGCAACCGGGCGAGCAGCCGACGUGCGACCCGAGAACGCCCUCGAUGCGCUACUAGACGAGCUUCAGACCUUCGCUAAGCCGGCGGAGCGCGGCGCGCGCGGCGACGGCCCGCUGCGGCGCCUGCACUCGUACCCCAGCGGCAGCGACACGGACGCAUCACCACCGGUGCGCGCGCGCGGCCAGCAUCCGCCCAAGCCGCCCGUGCCCGAGCGCCACCCCGAGCUGCUGCUGGCCGUCCGCCGCGCGCCACCGCCGCCGCCGCCGCGCACCACCUCCCGCUCCCCGCUCGCCUCGCCCACCUCGCCCCGCUCGCCCUCCUCGCCCCCUUCGCCGCCCGAGCUCCAUGCCGACCCCGCCGAUCCCAACGACGAAAAAAACGCUUCCCGUCAGGCGCUCCUCGAACAUCGCCAUCAGGAGCUGUUGAAGAAGCAAAGAGCUCUCCAAGAGCAAUACGCUCGCUUGCAAAUGAUCCAGCGCAGUGGUCCCACGCUGCCACCGAACGCGCAACCUGAUUUGAAGAAAACUGGAAGCGAAUCCAACCUCCUCACUAAAAUGAAUUUAAAUCUAGCACCAGCGAGUAUUUCUGGCAGUAUGACCCACCUCGCCAGCGACUGCGAUAAGAACAGCAACCCAGAGAAAUGCUCCUCACAGAUUCAAGCGCCUGACGCUGUCGCCACUACCAAUAAAGUUUACGAGACUGACAUUCUGUGACCGUGUCAAUUUAGUUUUAUAUCUGUCUAAGUUAAAUUAAGUUGUUAUAAGAAAUGUUUAAUGUUUGUAAUUAUUAUUAAUUGAAUAGGUACUUUAUGUUAAGAUUUUUAAAUGAUAACAAAUAUUAUUUUUUGAUCAUCCUGUUACAUCCGAUUUAUAUUAUAAUAAUUUUAUUACAUGGUAAUUCUUUUUAAUGUAUUCAGUUUGACUUAUUAUAUUGUAGGUCACUCUCAAUAAUGCUGCAUUGCUGCUUCAAUAGCGUAUUCCAGCUUCUCUAUCUUCUAACAACAACACGGCAAGAAUAAAGGAAUAUUGAGCAAAAUGUCAUUACACAAUUGAAUUAAAAAAAAAACAAAAAAAAAUUACAUAAAUGAAUGUCAGAUUAGAAAAUAGUUGUUCUAUGUAUUACCUAAAUGUAUACGAAUGUGGCAAAUGUAACAUCCCUGCUAUCACUCGGUCAGGUCAAGGAACACGGGUUGAUAAGUAAAGAACUACUUUUAAAAACUACAUUAAUGAAGUGUAACCAAACCUUCUAAAGAUACAGAAGAUAAUUCUGUUUGAGGAUUAGUAACUUAUCUUGGUCUGAGGCUUCUCGAAGUAACCAAUUAUUUUCCAAUACUAUAAAGACUGCAAGAUCAAUACGCAUUGAGAAUUAUUGAGUUAUUUACAGGCCCACACUCUCAAUUUGCGGACGUUUUCCCCUCACCUAUACCUACACCUUUUUUACUGUAUAUAAAUAAUUAAUAUAACUAAAUAUUUAACCUAGUCCCUAAAAUUUCUACUAUACCUUAAGUAUCUUAUUAGAAUGAUGUGCCAAACCCAAGAAAUUCAUUUCUUUUUAGUUUUUAUGUUCUUGUCAAAAUCUAGUUUAUCUCCACAUUAUCUUUGCAUAAAUUCUAUAAUAUAAUAUAAUAUUUUUUGGCACAACGAAGACUAUUAUUGUAACGAAAUUUUGAAUUUCUUUUACAAACUAUUUAAUAUUUUUGACGGUUGUAUUUGAAAUAAUGUGAAGAUAACUAAGUAUGUAGUCUAUUUCCAAAUUAAAUUCAUGAUUGUGGAAUGAAUUCGAAGUACAGUAAUAUUUGAAAAAAGUGUCUGUCUGUAUAGUUUAUGAUUCAGGUAUCUUGCAAAUAUACAGUAAUCUGUUUAUAACAAUGAAACCAAAACAUUCCUGUAACCUAACGUAGCAUCUAAAAUAUUUCUGUAAAGGUGCAUGUGCUCUGAAGUUACUGAAAUUUACAACGACAACUCAUUUAAUACGGCCGAGCUUUGUCGAGAACAAUGUAUAUAAAGCCACCUAUUGUUAUGAUGCAACAAAACAUUCGCUCAACCAAAUGUAACUUCAGCGUCUUCAGUGUGGAUGCAGAGAAACAUUUUCCCGUAAACGCAUACUUACAGACAUACAUACAAGUACGCGUGUAAUUAUGAAUUGACUGUGAUAAAACAAAAGUUACCUACUUUAAAAUGCAUAAGAAUUGAAUUCUUGCCCAUUUUAUAAAUUGUUUUACUUUAAUUUCUACCAUCGGAUUUUGUUAUUGUAGAACAUUGUUUGUGUUUACAAACUAAACACUACUACUAAGUUAAGCAGACAUCGAUUGAUUAUAUCAAAAAUACUACUAAAUUUGUACUCGCACUUCAAAAUCCGUCAACAAUAUUAGCAUAGUUAAACAAUGAAUAUUAUUCACGUAUCUACUAUAGGUACAAAGACAUGUUAUUACCUCAAGAGUGCUUUAACUUGACAUAUUGUAACACUCGUGGCCACAUACCUACCAAUCCGGUAGACGUAGAUCGGCAUGGGACAAUUGGAACAUAAACCAAACGAUGUUUUUCGGAAAGAGCUAAUCAAUAUGAUACAUUCCAGAUACUGGAAUGUAUCAUAAAUAAUUAUGCAAAAUUAUAGUCAAACCGUCAAGAUGUUCUAAAGACGCGACGCUGGCGCAAUGUGUACAGUUCUAAUAUGCUAGUUAACAUAAAACACGUUAUAUAUCUAAAGGACCAUCACGUACAGCCCAACGUUCUGUGUUACGUUUUCUAUGCAAAGGUUUCGCCACAACUCGGACGGAACGGCGAUGCACUGACUAACAUAAAACACCUUAACGUUCUGUGUUACGUUUCCUAUGCAAAGGUUUCGCCACAACUCGGACGGAACGGCGAUGCACUGACUAACAUAAAACACCUUAACGUUCUGUGUUACGUUUCCUAUGCAAAGGUUUCGCCACAACUCGGACGGAACGGCGAUGCACUGACUAACAUAAAACACCUUAACGUUCUGUGUUACGUUUUCUAUGCAAAGGUUUCGCUACAACUCGGACGGAACGGCGACGCACUGACUAGCAUAAAACACCUUAACGUUCUGUGUUACGUUUUCUAUGCAAAUGUUUCGCUACAACUCGGACGGAACGGCGACACACUGACUAGCAUAAAACACCUUAACGUUCUGUUACGUUUUCUAUGCAAAGGUUUCGCCACAACUCGGACGGAACGGCGACGCACUGACUAACAUAAAACAUCUUAACGUUCUGUGUUACGUUUCCUAUGCAAAGGUUUUGCCACAACUUGGACGGAACGGCGGGGAUUAUUGAGUUACAUAGCCAUCGCGCUCUGCGUACCGUUUUGUAUAUUAUCAGAAUAUUGUCUAGUCGUUUGCUCACGUCACGCCAGCGUUGCGUCGCCGUCCCGUUUCGUUCGCUGUGUGGCUACCUUAAUACCAUAAGCCUUCAGCUCAGCGUGAAAGUUGCCUUAGAAAGCAACUAAGAAUGAGUAAAGAUGAAACCUGUAAGCCCCAGUACGUCUUAAUCUCAAAGUACAAGAAUCCGAUUCUUAACAUCAAUCAAAAAAGUUUUACUUCUAGAGGUAAUAACGUAUAACUAACUAUACAUAAUGUAGAGUAACGUUUGACAAAUCGAUCGAGGUAUGUAAUGACGAGUGAUAUUGUUAAAAAAAUUGAUGUGUUAAAUAUUCUUAUUUUUAGACUCAAAAUAUAUCUGCAUUAGACAAUGUAUAGAGUCUAGAAUUAGCAUUAGGUAUAUGUAUAUAAAUAUAUUAUUCUAUUAUAUUAUUAUGUUAUAUAUGUGCGCUUAUUGAUGAUUUCCGCAAGACGACAGUUUUCACAAAUUCAUAUAGAUAUGAAAUGAUUGCUAAGGAAAUUAAAAAAGACCUAUUCUGUAAAACGCUAGAUCUGGUCUCAGUAAUCUAUCAGAAAGUUAAUUAUUAUUAAUAGGUAAGUAAUUUUAAUACUUACCUUCUUACCCAAUUCACACAACAGUUCCGUUUACUAUUACCUGAGCUCCUCGACUAAUGUACGAAGUAGUGAGCAUUUUGAAGGUAAAUUUAAUGUUAUUCGAUUUUGUGGCUUAAUGGCUUUUUUUGUGCCCCUUUCAGAUUUCACGUAAUACCGUAGUAGCAAAGCUCGCACGAAAAUUUCGUUGUAAGUGUACAAAAUUAGAUGCACUUAAACAUUAAUUUGCAAACACGUGCAUAAAGCUUUUUUAAGGGCACAAUGACAAUGUAAAUUCAACUAAUUACAAAUACUAUAAAAUAUAGUAUUUGAAUGAACAUUGUAAGUCAGUCAAACACUGAUCGACUAGAGUUGUUGACACCAAUUAAUGUUUUAUUCACUAAUUAUAAUGUAAAAAUAUUGUAAACUUUAUAGUUUACGAUACUACUCAAAUUUACGUAGAACCAUUAUGGCACCAUACGAACAUGUCACGGCUUUUUUUGGCAGUUGAACGUUAUGAAAAAAAUAUAACUUCCUUUUCACUGGCACCACUCUAUUGCUGUGGUGUUAUUCAUACAACUAAUAAAAACAACUAAAAAUCGUAACGGAAUAAAGCAUUACAUUAAUAUGUUGCUAGCUUAAAUUAGUAGCUACUAAUACAAGUAUUUUGUUUAUUUCUGAAAUUCAUUAUGGAUAAAUAACACCGACGAAUCUAAGCGACAAUGUCACCCAAAAUCGAGAAAAAUUCUUAAUCUAUGAAGAUUCAGGACUAGACGCCUGCACAAAAUCAGUUUUGCACAAAUCAUGGAUUUUUGGGGAUGAAAAGUUACCUAUUUGUUAAUCCAAGGUACAGUCUAUCUUUAUUCCAAAUUGUAGCCAAAUCCAUUCAGUAGCUUUUGUCUGAAAGUGUAACAAACAUACAAACUAUCGCGUUUAAAAUUUUAGUAGAACUAUGCAUAUUGUAAAUAUAUAAAACGAAGUUUUGCUCACAAAACAACAACAGCUUUUCUUUAAUUCAAAGGAUUUAAAUUUGUUUUUAAGAUGCUUUACAAAUUUUUCGCAAUAUUCAGGUGUGAAGAAGUAUUUCAAAUUGGAAUAGGUAAACUCAGUUCAGUUAUCUCAAUACUGUUAAAACUCUUAAGCUUUUUAAUUCAGAUUUGAAGAGAUUACCUAAAUGUUUUUUUUAUUGUAUGAUAUAUACGCAAUUUAUUCAACUAAUAGCAGUCUGCAAGUAAAAUUUUAAUACUUAGACUAACUUCUUCGUUUCCAACAAUCUAUAACGGAUGAAAAAUAUUUCCGCGCUAACAAAAUAAAACAUCGUGAUUCCCUGUAACUUAUACAGAUGCUUAUGCAAGCUGGAUGAAGUUCCACGAGCCAAGAGCAAUUUAAUAAAUUCGAGACCGUUCCUACUGCAGACGGGUUUAAUUUACUCCAACAGUACCUACUGUUAGUACUACGAAGUUUUAAUUAACGAUCAAAUAUCGGCGUCGAUAGGGUUUCUAAUACAAUCUUCACUGAUUCGUCAUAUUAAUUAAAUCAAUUGAUGUGCAUUAAGUGUUUUACUUUAAAUGAAAAAUAAUAUAAAAAGAAAACUGUUAAUUACCUGCUUAACUAUACGUAGAUUUUGAUUUUUUGUUUUGAUUUGUAAAAUGAUUUUUUUUUAUUAUGAUCCACAUUCGCGCUCUCUUUGCAUUUUCGUUAUUAAAGCAAUUAUACCUUUGGUUUAGAAUAAUUAAAGACGAAAGAUUUAAAUGAAAACGCAUAUAUAUCUACUUAAUUAUGUUUGUAUUCUGACAACAUAUUUUGGCAUACAUCAUAGCUAAUACCUAAAAUUAUUUAUUAAUAUAAAUAUAAUUAAUUAUGCUUUGGAAUUGUAAAGCUAUAUUUUUGCAUUCCUUCUUAUUCUACCAUGAUUUAUUUAAGAUUAUUUUUACUGGUAAAUAGGUUAUUUUUCUGUCACAGCAGAAAGUAUUUCAAAUGUACCUACGUAUUAUGACUAUUUUACUCUUAUUAAAAAUGUGUUUUUAUUACUUUUUAGUAUUAAUACCUACGAAGUGAGUCCAAGUUUAGUAACAUACUGUGAAAAAUUAUUAUAUGACACGCCAACAACGAUGGUAAUUAUAAAUGGGAAUUUUGACAAGAAAGUAGUUUAAAAAACCCAAAACAUAUAAAAAUCAUAUAAUCAUAGUUUCUAAACUAUCCUACAUGACAUGUCAUACAACGUGGACUCGCUUUUGUAAUUUAUUUUAUUACUUCGUGCCAAAAAAAAUUUUUUUUCGAUCACGAUUAAAUUAAAAAAACGCACAUUAUAAUCGGUUACUUAACAAAAAUGUAUUCAGUAAGUGAUUUUUUUAAAUUGUUUGCAAUAUUAUGUUGCUUAAAGCGGACAGAAUUAAAUUAUUUGUUGUUAUUCUAUAUCAUUGUACUUUGUAUUCUUAUUUAGUUCUUAAGAGUUAAUUUUGUAUGAUUAGGUUAAACCAAAAUAGCUUCAAAAUAUUUUAAUGUGGAAUUAAAUAUAUACACGUCAAGUUAA